GUUCGUGUUUGGACGCCCAACAGGAACCAGCUGCUAACCGACAACCCGUUUGUUUGACCUUCUCGAGUGAUUUUCGUACACUGUGAGUGUUCAAUAUCAUUUUCUAAUCGUAUUUUUCGGGGAAUCGCAUUAUGUAGGAUUGGUUCAAACCUAAAAGGAGAGAGAAGAAAACGCUGGAAGAUCACGAAUAGUUGAUUAGCAGAGUUGUAUACGAGCAAUUCAAACUGCUUGGCAACGACGGUCGGGUGCCAAAACAGAACACACGUUUUUAAAAUCCAGUUUUCGUUCCAGCAAUUCCAGUCAUUUAAAAGAAAAAUUUUCAAAUGAAACCGACGGGGAAAAAACAUGGAAACAGGAAGAGGAGGAAGCGGACGUUGUUCAAGGGAUCGGUCAAGCAGGUCCUCGAGAACUACUUCCAUCAGCAACCGAAGCCAUCGCUGAAAGAAAUUUCUUUGUUGGCCAAUGCCGUCCGAAUGGACGAGGAAGUCGUACGAGUAUGGUUCGGCAACCGACGAUUUCAGGAAAAGAAGAAGAGACCCCCACCAAAAACGGCCGCAAGACGAACUCGAUCCGCUUCUCGAGUUCCGGCUCCCGACGAGAACGUCGAUGGAUCCAUGGAGCCAAUUGAGGAUCAAUCGACUCCUGUCAUAACAGACACUAAUGAACUGAUUGAUUCAAACGAUGAGGUAUCGUACGAUCUUCCGCGACUGGUUAGCGUCACUUCUUUAGCACACGAUGAAAUGGAUACAGGGUCGUCUAGUGACACGAACGAUAUGCCUCAAAUCGUUCCUCGUCCUCUGACAAAUUUGAAUGCGCAAUCCGAACCCACAAGCAGCGAAGCUCCGGCAGGAUCAUCUAAGAAUGCAAAUCCGUUUGGUCAUUUAUCACGUCGUUCGUCAUCAACCGAUGGAAACAUCCGAAUAGCAGAAACUAUUUGCGGCAAAUCCAUUCGCAUUGGCAACUGCAAUGGAAUCGAUCUCUACGCCAUUGCGUUCCGAAAAUCAGCUGAUUCAUUUUCAAGCUUCGAGCGAUACGUUUACGGCCAACCGGACGGUCUUCCGGAGCACAAAACGAUCGUGAUCUACGGUGCCGACAGAUCAAACCAAACAAAGUUCAUUGACGGAAUGCUAAACUACAUUUUCAACGUCGAACACAAAGACACAUUUCGUUUUCUAAUCAAUGAACAGGAAACGAAUCAAACGAAUUCCAUUCAAGUCUACACGGUUCAUCACGCACAAGGAUUCCGCAUUCCCUUUUCAAUCACAAUCGUUUGUAUUCCGAUGUACGACGCUGACGAUUCGGAGCUCUUCAAUCACCAAGAAACCGCUCAGACAUUCCACGAAUUUCUCAAAAACAAAGAUGGCAUUCAAGGGCUGGAUAUGAUAUGCAACAUCGUGAACGAGGCCAGCAUUAAUCAGCAAUCAUUCUUGUCCAUCUUUGGUAACGAUGUUGAAGCAAUCGUCAGCAGUUGGGAGCCCAACGAUUGCACUGACGUCACGUGUACUUGGCACUUGAAUAUGCAACGUUUCUUUGCUUCGCUAACCAGAAAGAAAACGAGGUCACUUGUGUUGGCAAUGCACGUGCUGGAAGAGCGAAAACAAAUGGAAGCGGCCGUCAGAGGUCUCCAGCGACUCGUUAAAAUCGGUAGCUCUAAAAUCGAAGAGAUCGACAAAGCGAAACAAAUGAUCGUGUUCUGUCAAAUGCAAAUCGAUUCCAACGAUGAAUUAGAUGAAAAUGUUGAAUCCACACGAAAGGUGGAGCUGCCGGUCGGCCAGUACGUGAAUAAUUGCGACUAUUGUCACGUCACGUGUCACGAUUCGUUCGUUGAACCGCGUGUUUUGAAAUACGAAGAGGAUGGCUCUCCGUCCUCGGAUUUCUUUGAAACAACAGCCACGGGUUUCUGUUCGUUCUGUCCGGAGAAAUGUAAUUUGAAUAUGCAUUCGAAUCAAUCGUAUCGUUGGGUACCCGUCAAAGAGGAGAGGGUCGGUCGUUCUAACCGCGUGCUGCAGGAUCGGAGAAGAGAAACGGAAAUCAAAUGGAACGAGAUCAAAUCAAAAGGACGUGAUUUGGUUAAACAGUUGCAGAGUGAACUCAAAGAGAACGGCAUGGCCAUGCUGGAACAUUUCCAAGCCACCUGGCGGUGCAUCCAGCGGAUCAACAAGAUCGGCUUGCGCCGCAAUUCGUUUCUAAAUCGAUUCGUUUUCGAUUGCCUCUUUGACGCAGAGCAGCAUUUAAAGCUACUCGGAUUCGAUGAAGGGCUGGAAAGUUUACGACAUUAAAACGUGUAUAGAUUAACAAGUUUUAUGUACCAUAGCCCAGUAAAUAAGAAUUUAAUUGCUGGAA